AGGUCACUGCCUUUGUUUCCUUGCAGCACUGGGAUGUGUUUCGGACAAUUACAGAAGUGUUCAUCCUGGUUCCUGCCUUGGUUGGCCUGAAGGGCAAUCUGGAGAUGACACUGGCAUCCAGGCUCUCCACUGCUGCUAACACUGGACAGAUGGAUGAUGCCCAGAAGCAAUGGAAAAUGGCCACCUGCAAUUUAGCCCUUAUCCAGGUCCAGGCCACUGUGGUGGGACUCCUGGCUGCUGUGGCUGCUGUGAUCCUGGGAGCCAUCUCCAAGGGCUCUGUGGAGCUGAGCCAGGCUGCUGUGCUGUGUGCCAGCAGUGUCACCACAGCCUUCAUAGCUGCACUCUCCCUUGGCCUGGUGAUGAUUGGUGUGAUCAUCGGAGCAAGGAAAGUUGGGAUCAAUCCAGACAAUGUUGCCACACCCAUAGCAGCGAGCCUUGGAGAUCUGAUAACCCUCUCCCUCCUGGCAGGAAUCAGCAGCACACUCUUCAAAUACAUAGAUGUGAAGUACCUUUCUCCUCUGAUCUGUGCUGUAUUCAUUGUCAUGAUCCCUCUCUGGGUUGCUAUUGCCAAGCAAAGUCCUUCCCUGGCCGAAGUGCUGAAGUCUGGGUGGCAGCCGGUGAUUGUAGCCAUGAGCAUCAGCAGCAUUGGUGGGCUCAUCCUGGACAAAACUGUAACUGACCCAAAGUUUGAAGGCAUGGCAGUUUUCACACCUGUGAUAAAUGGUGUUGGAGGGAAUCUGGUGGCCAUCCAAGCCAGCCGAAUUUCUACAUUCCUGCACUUCUGGAGCAUGCCUGGAGUUUUGCCAUACAAGAUGAGGCAGAACUGGCCCAACCCAUGCACCACCUUCUUCUCAUCAGGGGUGAAUUCCAAGUCAGCCCGUGUCCUGUUCCUCCUGGUGAUCCCAGGACACCUGGUGUUCCUCUACACCAUCCACCUGCUGCAGGGAGGCCACACAUCCCUGUCCUUCACCUUUGUGAUGUUCUAUCUGGCUGCUGCUUUGCUCCAGGUGGGGAUCCUGCUCUACGUGGCCGACCUGAUCGUGCGCCUGAUGUGGAGGAAGGCUCUGGACCCAGAUAAUUUCUCCAUCCCCUACCUCACUGCCCUGGGUGAUCUCCUGGGCACUGGAUUCCUGGCCAUCUGUUUCCGCCUCGUUUGGCUCAUCCAUGGCUCAGAAAUGAACCUGGGGAACUGAGAGUCCAUGUGCUGCUGUCAUCCCUCGUGCCACACGGUGCUUUCCUCUGGGACCCCGGGGUACCUGGCCAUCAGUGCUGGGGCACCCACCUGGGCUGGGCCCCCCUGCCACCCCAACACCCCUCCUGCCCUCCCCAUGUGCCUUAAAGCCGGGCUCACCCACCCCGAGGAAUCAGCAGCACAAACCUGUGCCCUUGCAAGUGAGCCAGCCCGUUCUCAGGAGCACCUGCUGCUCACACCUGCACCUGGCAAACAAGGCAACAAGGAGCAUUUGGGCCCCUGGGAAGGGGGGAGCACUUGGGCUCAAUCCCCAGCUCUGGCACAGCCCUGAGCUGCUCCUGCUGGUCACUGUGUCUGAUCCUGCAGUGGAUGUUGCAGCCUCUCCAUCAGACUCUGACUUUCCACCAAGGGAAAUUCUUUAUUCACCCCAGUUUUCUCCUGCUGAACCCCUGGAGUAGCAGAGCAACCAGGUCUUUAAACUUGUCUCCUCUCCAUGGCUCAGAGGCACAGGACCUCAGGCAGUGAGCUGCUGGCUCGUGCCCAGCAGGAGGUUACCUAGGGAUACCACUUACCUGCCCUGACAGCAUUGCUGGUGUCUGACCAAAAAGCUGGUUAGAUUGCAUUUUGGGGGCAGGAAGAUUUGUUUUUACGGUUUAUGAAAUGUCCAGUAGUUAAAAUGUUUAUAGAAACACACACAUAAAUAAAGUGGGUAAAAAAAAAAAA